UUGAGGUGAUCCAUGGUAACGGCUGCCUGGCUGACAGGAUCCGCGGCUGAUCGCACCGCAUACCGGGUUCCUUCAGCGGCUACCAGGGGGCGAACCCACCCCGCAAACGAGAAAAAAGGCUCCAAAUAACGUCAGGAUUUACAUCUUUAAUGAAAGAAUAAGGAAUAUUCCAGUCAGCUGGAUGUCAAACGCUCCGGAAGGCGGAGGAAUUCGGAUCUAGCGGCGCUUUCCAUUCAGAAAAUUCUGACAGAAUGUUUACAUGGCUAUAAACCGCAUUCAUUCCUUAUUUUUAUAACAAAACAGGUUAUAAAUCACCGCAACGGUCGAUUCUGGAUUGUCUGUUAGUCCUGGGUGAAGGAUUGUGUGGGUGAAGAUGGCGACUGGAGCUGGGUGGCAGCAAUAUUACAGCCCUGCUGGCACCUCGGCCGGUAAAUACAACAGCAGCACCUCGGCGUCGGGAACGGCCAUGGAGUACACGCAGGAUCUGCACCUGAAGAUGAGCAAGAAGAUCGCACAGCUCACCAAGGUGAUUUAUGCCCUCAACACCAAGAACGACGAGCACGAGGCGGCCAUCCAGACCCUGAAGGAGGCCCACGAGGAGGAGGUGCAGCAGAUCCUCUCGGAGACCCGCGAGAAGAUCAUGCAGUACAAGAGCAAGAUCAGCGACGAGCUGGACCUGAAGCGCCGCAUCCAGUCUCUGGAGGAUUCCAUGGAGGUGCACGAGCGCAUGAAGCGGCAGGCGCUGGCCGAGUUCGAGUCGUACCGCCAGCGCGUGGAGGACAUGCAGCUGUGCACCGAGGCGCAGCACACGCAGCGGGUGGUCAGCAUGUCGCGCGAGGUGGAGGACAUGCGCCGCUCCUUCGAGGAGAAGCUGAGGGCCUUCGCGCAGGUCCAGGCGCAGUUCGAGCAGGAGAAGAGGCAGGCGCUGGAGGAGCUGCGCACCGCCCACCGCCAGGAGGUCCAGGAGCUGCUGCGAUCCCACCAGAGCCAGAACGCCAACUACAGCAAAGACCAGGAGAAGCUGAGCCAGCUCCACAAGCAGGAGGUGGAGGCCCUGGCCGAGCGGGCGGAGGAGCUCAAGCAGGACAAGAAGCGCCUGGUGGAGGAGUACGAGGUCAAGCUGAGCAAGGCGCAGGCCUUCUACGAGCGCGAGCUGGAGGCCAUGAAGCGCACGCAGCAGAUGACGGCCGAGAACCUGCUGGCCUGGAAGAAGACCGAGGCCGAGCUGAGGAUGGAGUUCCAGGCGCAGGAGGCGGCGCUGCAGAAGACGCUGGGGAAGCUCCGCUCCGAGCUCCAGAGGGUGCAGGAGGAGGCCAGGGAGAGCCAGGAGCGAUCGCACAAGCUGCAGGCUACACUCAGCGGCGCCGAGAGCAACAUCAAGGAGCUCCACAAGCAGCUGGACGAGGUGACGCAGGACGCCGAGAUCGUGGCGAUCAGACAGAAGGAGGCCGAGUGUGAGCUGGAAGCCACCAGAGACCGGGUUCAACAGCAAGCUACUGAGAUCCUCCUCAAAGCCAGUCAUAUCGGCAGCCUGCAGGCCACUCAGAUGACCCACGAGGCCGCCAUCCGUGACCUGGAGUCGGAGAGGUCGCGUCUGAAGGACAAGGUGGUGCGUCUGGAGGAGGAGCGAGGGGCGCUGCAGAACAAGAGCCAGAUUUUGGAGGAGAGGCAGAGGCUGCAGAUCUUCACGCUGGACAAGACUCUUCGGGAGGAGAAGCAGUGCUACGAGAAGGAGCUGAUGAACCUCAGGAACAAGUACGAGGAGGCCGCGGCGCACUUCAGAGAGGCGCAGAGCCGCGCCAUAGAGGAGCUCUCCAAAAAACACCGAGCCGCCCUGGAGAACAACCAGAGCGCCGCCGAGAGGGAGAGGAACCGACUGCUCACUGAGAUGGAGCAGCAGUUUGAGAAGGAGCGCAGUUCACUGGAGGAGCAGAAGGACCUCCUGCGGGAGCAGCUGGACGGUCUGAGGGAGGAACUCACCACCAAACUCCACAUGGCCAACACCCAGAUGAAUAAUCUGCAGGACAUGGUGAAGGAAGGGGAGCAGGGUCUGGACUCUGCUAAAGGUCACAUCUCCAGUCUGAAAGAGGCUCAGGAGAAGCUUUUGGAGGAGCUGGACGCCACCCGUGCCAGGCUGAGAGAGACCACCAACCUGCUCACGGCCCUACAGGGAGAAAUGGAGACUCAGAAACAGCAGCACGAUGCUAAACUCAUCACCACUAAAGAGGAGGAGAAGCUCAAAAUGGAUAAAAUGGCGCUGGAGCUGGAGCUGAAGUGGACCGAGACCCUCAGGCAGGAGUGUAAGAAACUUCGAGAGGAGCUGCGUGAGGACCAUGAUGAGAAUAAGAGGAUGGCACUCGCACAGCUGGCUCAUUCCAAAGACCAGGAGCUCAGCAGUGCCCGAGAGAGCUGGCAGAGGAAGGUGGAGGACCUGUUGGAGCAGAUCUCGUUGCUGAAACAGAGUCUGGAGAUGCAGUUGUCGCAGUCGCAGCACUCGCUGCAGCAGCUGCAGGCGCAGUUCAAUCAGGAGCGUGAACACCUGGGUCAGCAGCUGCAGGAGCUGGAGCUGGAGCACCAGCGCAGGGAGGAGCGGCUGCGUGAGGCGCACUGCUGCACCAUCCACGAGCUGCAGGAGGCGCGACAACAUGACCUCAAGGAGCUGGAGGAGCGUCUCCGGCAGCAGCAUCACAUGGAGCUUCAUUCCAUGAGAGAAGCUCACCGGCAGAAGAUGGAGACGCUGAAGCAGCAGUCGGAGCAGGAGCUUCAGACACUCCGCUUCGAGCUGGAGGACGAAGGGAAAGCCAUGCUGGCGUCUCUGCGCUCUGAGCUGAACCAUCUCCACGCCUCGGCUAUAGAGCACCUGCGCCACACCCACCAGCAGGAGAGCGCCGUCGCCAAGCAGGAGCUGGAGAGGGCGCUGGAGAAGAGCCGGAUACAGGAGCGGGAACUGCUGGGUCGCAUGUCGGAGCUGCAGGAGGAAGUGAGCCGCAGGAAGAACCACAUCGCCAACCUGGACCACGAGAUCCACACGCUGAACGAGAACAUCAGCACCCUCACCAAAGAGCUGGAGCUCAAGGGCAAGGAGGUGCUGAAGAUCCGCAGUGAGGCCAACCAGCAGAUCAGGGCUCACGAGCAGGACCUGUGUAAGAAGCAUGAGCGUGAGAUGACUGAGCUGAACUUCCUGCACAACAGAGACACCCAGAACAUGCUGUCGGACUUCAACAAAGCUCAGGAGCUGCUCAAGGAUAAAAUCUCUGCUCUACAGAUACUGCUGGAGGGGACGGAGGAGAAGUUCAGGAACCGAGAGAGCCGGCUGGAAGAUCUGCAGCUCAUCGCCGAACUGAAGGAGAUGGUGACGGAGAGGGAGUCGCUGGUCAAGAAGCUGGUGGACGACAAAAAGUUCUACCAGCUCGAGCUCGUGAACAGAGAGACCAACUUUAACAAAGUGUUCAACGCCAACCCCAACGUUGGUGUGAUCAACCCUCUCAUUAAGCAGGAGACGCCAACAUGGUACCACGAGACGAACCGGUUUGUACCACAGAGGACAGAAUUUUAUGAAGGACUCAGAUCUGAUUAAAGCUUCUAAACUAAACGAGAUUUAUUUACUUACUGAAGUUCUAGAGAUAAACUGGACAAAAGGAGAACGUACAAAACUCCUGUGUUAAAUCCACGAAACCAAACGCUACGAGAGAUGAAAGUCAAGCUGGUGCUCAGCCAAGAGGACGAACCUCAGACCCAUCGGUCAACACGUCCGAUUCUUAGAGAAACUGGACAUGAUUUAUUCAUCCUGAUCUGGAGCUGCAGCACUGAAGGAAUUUUAAACAUCGAUCCACAUCCAUCAAAGAUUCAUGUGAUUCAGCUGCAACAGUCGCUAACAGGUGUAAUAAAUACAUUAUAUAAAGAAAUCAUAUGAUCCCAACUGCGCAGAGAUGUUCACAAGUCACAGAAUACGAGUCCGAGUCGAGUCACGAGUCAAUAUA